GCGCAUGCCCAUUACGCAGAUACAGGUGAGCAAUCAAGCGUAAGACAACGACGAAAACCCGAACAUGGCUCCUAUACGGCUGUUGGUCGGCUGUGUCUUGGCGCUGCAAGUAUUCACCGCGGCGCUCGCACUGGAGCGCGGCUGCCCGACCGGUACAGGGAAUAACACCUACGCGAAUCCGGCUCUAUCGCUACCUUACGACGGCUAUCUGCCAGCGAUAGACAAUGAGACCAUGUAUCUGCACCACACUCGCCACGCUGGGGGCGCCAUCAACAAUGUGAACGCCAUCCUGGCGCGGUACCCUACGCUGCGGGACAGCGUCACACUCGCCGACUUGGUUUCCAAGAUCGGCUUGAAGGGCUUCACCCACAAGUACAAGAUCGCGGACAACGACACCACGGCCCUGCGCAACAACGCGGGCAGCAUGAUCAACCACGCCAUCUUCUGGAGGAUCAUGACCAGCUACAACACCUCCUCCCCCGCGGCGCACCUGCAGCCCGACCUCUCCGCCCUUAUCAACGCCACCUGGGGCAGCCCCGCCGGCAUGCUGGACGCCCUGCGCUCCUCCGCCUCCUCCCUCUUCGGCUCCGGCUGGGCCUGGGUGGUGUACCGCAGCAACGGCAGCCUCGCCAUUGUGAACACACCCAACCAGGAUAACCCGCUCAUGCAGCGCUUCGCGGCGCCCGCGACCCAUGGGACGCCCCUGCUGGGAGUGGAUGUGUGGGAGCAUGCCUACUACCUGCGCUAUCGCAACGUCCGCGCGAGCUACCUGGCGCAGUGGGUGUACCUGGUGGACUGGGCGGUGGUACAGCGGAACUAUGAGCUGGCUAAGGCGGGAAGCAUUGAUAGCCUGUACUGCUGAUGAGACUGUACGGCGGCGGCGGCAGUACGGUAGGUGUUUGUACGGUGCGUCGUACGGCGUACGGUCGGUACGGAGCACACCACGCCGGACGAAUGUGUGUGUCUAAUGCUUAACCGCUUUUCAAUUUAGUCUGCCGCACGAGGCAGGUGUGAUAACAAAUACCGGAAGAAUGACCGUGGUGUGUGUCCGAGGUAUAUCUAACAGCAUUUAGCCGGCGAUCAUACGGGUCACUAUCACUACUGCAAAGAUACUGCGCGUGAUUUAUCAUGGCCGAAAUGCGGUGGUCAGUAGCGGGGCAUGUGAUGGCGGGUGGGUGGGUUGCCUUUCUACGGUAUCUAAUGCUCGGCGAUCUUGUGCAUGUUGCCAUGGACGACAAGCAGCGGUCAAUAGGUGACACCCGCGCGAGGGAGGUUGUGCGGAGGUUGCAAUCCGACAAUCUGACAACAAAGGGCGUGCCAUUGUACGCCUCCUGUGAUGACAAAGGUCUUAUUAUUUGCGUGUCGGGACAGCAGCUAGGAAAGUUGGCACACAGCAGUUGCAAGCUCCAAGGGUGUCCGCGAUGGGCACCGGAGGGCGCCGGGUGCUGUUCGGAGCGCUUGUGAGGCGCAUAAUGGUUCCAAUUCGGUACCUUUCCAGCCCCUCCCUUGUAUGUACAGUUAUGACCGUUUAUUAUUUGCUUGUCGGGACAGCAGCAGCCGCAAGGGUACCUGUCUUCAGUGUAACUGAACGUCUGCGUCUGAG